GAGAAAUUGAACAGGUGUUCCUAAUAAUCCUUUAGUACGAGCAUAGUAAGCAUGGCGACAGACGUGGACAACAGUGUUACGUCUAGCUGCAGUUGUUUCCGAGAAGCCGAGAGCUCGACUUGACAGAGCUUUUACAUGUACUUAUUAGACAGGGCAUAUAGAGAGGGCAGCAUUCAUACACCCUGUCUUUCAUAUCAGCUCUCUCUCCGGUUCCCUCACUCUCUCCAUCGCUCUCUUUCCCGGAGUGUGCGAGAGGAGUUCAGGCAGCAGCUACGUCAGCCGCCAGCGAGCAGCUGAGGAGAGCUGUGGAACUCGCAUGUAUGUGUGUGUGUGUGUGUCUCUCUCUCUCUCAUCCUUCUCUCAGAGUCUCCAGCUCAUACCUCUACUCUCUCUGGAGUCUACGGCUGUGGCACAUCCUGGGGCACUGACACGGCGAACGAAGCGCCUCCUCUCACCAUCUGCACUCUGCUCCUCAAACAGCAGCAGACCACAGCACAAACCAAGGAGAAAGUAGAAGCAAAGGAUGGAAGAGAUGAAGAGAGAGAUGAGAAUCUGAGGGAAAAGUGCAGAGGACGCGGUGGAGAGCAUAACAACCUUGGAGGAAGAAGAUUUCGGGAAAAAUUGCGGCAGAAUAGCUGGCGAAACGGAAAAGAGCAAAGGCUCAGGGAAAGAUUAGCAAUUUUCAAAGGGCUCUUCACACGCCGCCCUGGCCAACCACAUGCCCAUCGAAUUUGUUUGUAAAAUAAAGUUUGCUGAGGGCGACGAAGCCAAGGGGGCCUCGACAGACGGAGGCGGAGCCGGCAUGCUAGAUGAAGGCCUACGGCGGCGAAAAGGAGGCAUGGCUGACCUGUCGUCCUUUGCUAGCUCAUCUUCGCUACACGGUCUGGCUCGGGUAUUGGGGACGUCAGGACGCUUGGGCUUCAGACAGACCCUCUGGGGACUGGCACUGUUGGUCUCACUCUGCCUCUUCCUGUACCAGGCGACAUGGAGCGCGGCAGCUUAUCUGGAGCAUCCCCACCUCGCGUCACUGAGGGAAGAAACCCACCGUGAGCUCACCUUCCCGGCCAUCACACUCUGUAACGUCAACCGAUUCCGCUUCUCUGCCCUCACAGAUGCGGAUAUCUACCACUUGACUAACCUCACCGGCCUGCCGCCAAAGAGCCGUAGAGGACACCGGCCGAGUGAGCUCCAGUACCCACCCCCAGACAUGCUAGACAUUUUCCAGCGCACUGGCCACCAGUUGGAGGACAUGCUGAAGAGCUGCAAUUUCAGCGGGCAGAACUGCUCAAGCGAAGACUUCAGUGUGGUUUAUACACGGUAUGGGAAAUGUUAUACGUUUAAUGGAAACAAGACAUCACCCAAGCGGGUGAGGCAAGGCGGCGCUGGAAACGGCCUGGAGCUGAUGCUGGAUAUUCAACAGGACGAGUAUCUGCCCAUAUGGAGAGAAACCAACGAGACGACGCUGGAGGCAGGUAUUCGGGUUCAGAUUCAUAGUCCGAACGAACCCCCUUACAUCCACCAGCUGGGCUUUGGGGUCUCUCCAGGAUUCCAGACAUUUGUUGCUUGUCAGGAACAGAGGCUGACGUACCUGCCACAGCCGUGGGGAAACUGCCGGGCUUCAUCUGAGCCUGUGAUCCCAGGAUACGACACUUACAGCGUCAGUGCUUGCAGACUGCACUGUGAGAGCACGCAGGUGCAGAGAGAGUGCAACUGCAGGAUGGUGCAUAUGCCAGGUGAUGCUGUUAUCUGCACACCGAGUAAAUUCAAGUGUGUUGACAAGGCGUUAGCUUUACUCCAGAAGAGCACGGGUGACUCAUGUCCCUGUGAGACACCCUGUAAUUUGACUCGGUAUGGAAAAGAGCUCUCUAUGGUUAAAAUCCCCAGCAGGGGCUCCGCUCGCUACCUUUCACGCAAAUACCAGAAAUCAGAGGAAUAUAUUAGAGACAACUUUCUCAUCUUGGAUAUUUUCUUUGAGGCCCUUAACUAUGAGACAAUAGAACAGAAGAAAGCAUACGACAUUGCUGGUCUGUUAGGAGACAUCGGUGGACAAAUGGGGCUCUUCAUUGGAGCCAGUAUUCUUACUAUCCUGGAAAUACUUGACUAUAUAUAUGAGGUGGCCAAACACAAAAUCAAGCAACUCCUGAAACCAAAGAAGAGUCAGAAACAACAGAACCAACAGAACUUAAUUCAAGAGCAGAUCCAGAGAACAAAGAACCUGCGAGAACAGAACCUGCGAGCUCAGCUGGCUGCCGGAACUAUAGCUACAGUCAGAUUUGAAGAAGUCAAAGUCAAGGCAGCUAAUGACCUGGCUCAACCGCACAGUGCACAUCCAACUUCAAUGUUACCAAAUCAUCACAACGCACAACCGGUCUUACAGCAGGACUUUGCUUUUUAAGGGACUCCUCUUCUUCUCUCUAUUUUAUUUUUUCAUAUCACUGAACUUAAAAUUGGGAUCCUGAAUGAACCCUGCACUGAAUUAUACAUUUCUGGGGGGUUGUUUUUCACUUAUAAAAGCUACAGCCAAAGCCAAAUCCGGGACCUCAUCAUGUGAAAUCGGCUCAAACCACUCACACUCUUUCAAGGCAAUAUGAGAUGAAGAAACCACAUGUGCUUUUGUUGAUUUGUGUUUUUUUUCCCCUUCUGGAUGGACCUAUCAUGGGCCUAAAAGAAGAAAGAUUGUGAAAAUAUUGCAUUCACACAUAAAUGACUGGACAAACAGGAACUUACGGAAGGGAAACAGAGAGAAGCAAACUGUGCAGAACAAGAUUUCUGCGUGGUUCUUCUUGCGGUAAUGUACAGUGCUUGUGCCAUUUCACCUUUUCACAUUUCUUAAUAACAUAAUGAGACUUCUCAGUAGGAGAAAAGCUAAAAUAUACCACUCAUUUUUCUGUGAGUAGGUGUUAUGCUCUUUUUCAGUCUUAUGUAACUUUUCCAUUGUGCUAGAAACAGUCUGUCUCUAGGUUUGAAACACGGAGAUCACCACUAGAACACACUGUUUGCUGAGAUCAUCUCUAGUAAAAAUAAAUAAAUAAAUGCAUAACUGUAAACACUAUUAAAUAAUAUCCUUUGUAUGAAAAUAGGUGAUAGAGUUUUUAUUUUGUAUUCAAAUACAAGCACAUUCAAAUACAAUAUACACAUUUCAAAUUGUAGAAAUAAUUGAAUAGCCAUCAUUUCCAUCUGGUCUAAAAGUGUGAAAAGGACUAGAAUACAGUUAUACUCACUGCAGCUGAAACAGAAAUGUCAGAGUACAAACUUAAAACCGCAAUGAACUCUUCUUUAUUUUAUUUAUUAUAUUUGUAUGUCUUGAAUAAUAUAUUGGAUACUGGUCACAAGCCAGAGCCUUCUGAUUAAAUAUGCAUAAUACUGUAUUUCCACAGAUUAACCUUAUACAUGAAGACAGCAUUUCAAGGAGAGAGAAAAAACUGCUUUUACUGCCAUCUAGUGGGCUUAAUACUAAAACACCAACACCUAUCAUGUUUCAACACCACUUUACUGUAUAUGACUUUAACAUUGGUGGCGCCAUAAUGGAGGACAUUCAAGGGUAGAGAUGUCAUAUGGAAUCAUGCUAUUCUGAAAAUUACUGUGGAAAUAUUUGGUGAAUAAAAGUUGUUUUUAACUGAAUUUCACAUGGAUACACUGAUGAUGUUUUUGUGAGCAAACG